CUUAUCAUACUCUGUGAUCUUUAACUUGACAACUUCUUGCUGAGGUCAUGCUUCUACUAUUAAAUAUCAAGAAUGACCAGAAAUCCUCGUUAACCAAUGAAUAAGCAUCUCAAUGGCAACUUAAUUAUGGAUAUCAGUUCACUGACCGAAGGUGCAGCAGCCCAAGUGCAAAGAACCUGUUUUCCACUUACAAAGUAAGAACAAGUUUAUUUAAAAUCAGGAGAUUGAUCAAAAACGUAAGAGGUUUGAUUCUCGAGGAAGUAUAAACAAGUUAAAGUUGAUGAAACUUUCCGCAAAGCCCAAAUCUAGCCUCUACCACCAGCAAAAUCCUCCUCAGAAUUAUGGCAAACUCAUUACAAGUAGUGUAUUUUCAAAGAAGGACACUCCAGGGAGUUGUCAGAUGCAGACUUUUAGCAGUUCAUUCAUGCUAAACCAGAUUAUGCCUCUUCAAUCGGGUGAAACCUAAAAGACUUGAGGCCUGAUCAGGAUUAAACUUAUUG